CAGUUGAUGUCAGGAAAGAUGUGCAGCAGUAACAGUGUUGUUCAGGCUCAAAAACUGGUGGACCAGCUUCGAGUGGAGGCAGGCAUGGAGAGACUUAAGAUCUCCCUCACUGCAGCAGACCUGGUCCAGUACUGUCAGGACCACAGACGCAGUGACCCUCUGCUCACCGGCAUCGCUGCCUCAUCCAACCCGUUCAAAGAUAAGAAGACCUGUGUGCUGCUUUAA